UAAACCCUAAACCCCCAGCAGCUUCUUUCUCCUUCGCUUUUAUUCCCACUCCUUACCUUCCUUCAGCUGCCCCCCAACCCUUCCCUCCGGUGAGUUCCGCCAGUUCUUAAUUUCAACUCUUUCCGACGUUUUCCGGCUGCCUCAACGUGAAUCAAGCGUUUUCGUCAGCUAAUUUUUGACGUUGUCUACUGUCUUCCGACGACGUUUGCUACUAAUUCAUGUAUACGUUACUCACUUCUUAAAUUCUUCAAAUAUUCAUAUCUAAGCAUAUUGAAACGCCAACCAGCAAGCGUCGAGGCUGUUUGGCAGCUUUCAGUAGUUUUGGGGUGGUUUCGAAUUCAUUUGGAUGUUUUUCAGCAAAAACUGAAGCCAUUUUAGGUGGUAAAGUACUGUUUAGACCCUUUUGAAACCUCUCGUGCAAGGCCAGGGGAUCUAAUCGAAUCACUGUGUUCACUUUCGGAGCUCAAUGGAGGCAGGGAAAGUGGUUCUUCCUAACAUUGAAGCUGGUCUUAAACCACUUCACUCUCUCAAAUCUACAGAUCCGCCACUCUGGCUUGCUCCAAGCCCUUCCCUAUCUCAAGUGGCUCGCCUUGCUUCACAGAGUUUAUUUUCUAUGCUGAAACCAUUCAAUCCUAAAUCCCCAUUUGAUCAUCUCCUGGUUGAUGGAUUUGAUGCUGAGCAGAUAUGGCAACAAAUUGACCUCCAAUCACAACCUCUUUUGGCGAGUGUUCGCCGGGAUUUGAAGCGGUUUGAGAAGAAUCCAGAAGCAAUUUCGAACCUGAAGGUUUCUUUGGAGGAUAAGAAGAAGGUUAUUCAAGAGAUGGGUGUAGAGUCGGGAGAAGAAAGUGAUGAUUUUGAGGAGGAUAUGAAGGAGCUUGAUGAAGAAGAAGAAGAAGACGAUGAGGAAGAUGAGGAGGAGGAAGAGGAGGACUGUGAUGACAGAGAAGAUGGAGACACUGAGGAAGGAGAGAAGGAAAAGAGUGAUGAUGAAGUUGAGGGAGAAGAAGGUAAUGGUGGAAUUGAGGAUGGAUUUUUGAAGCUAAAAGAGCUGGAGGAAUUUAUGGAGGAGGAUGAGGUAAGAGAAUAUGGUUUACAGAAGAAGAAAGAUGGUAAGAAGGAAAAGAAACCGAGGAAGACAGAAGAAGAAUCUGAUGACGACGAAGAUGAUGAGCUUGAGGAGUUUGACCUCCAUGGUGAGGAGGAUGAAGAUUCUAGCAAACUGGACAAUGCGAGAUACGAAGACUUUUUUGGUGCUAAAAAGAAGAAUCAUGUGAGAAGAAAUAAAUUGACAAAUGGAUCAGAGUCUGAACUCUCGGAUUCAGGUGAUGAAGAGGAAGAAAAUGAAGCAUAUACAGAACCGAAGUCAGAAAAUCUCUCAACUCAUCAAAAGAAACUUAAGAAGCUUCAGUCUGAAAUAGAGAUGAUGGAGAAAGCAAACUUGGAGCCAAAAACGUGGACCAUGCAGGGAGAGGUAACCGCCGCGAAAAGACCUAAGAAUAGUGCCCUGGAAGUUGAUCUAGAUUUUGAGCACAAUGUGAGACCACCACCUGUAAUCACAGAAGAGGUUACAGCAACAUUGGAAGAGAUGAUUCAGAAAAGAAUCCUUGAGGGUCGUUUUGACGAAGUUCAGAAAGCACCUAAACGACCUACUAAAGCACCUAGAGAAAUCAAAGAGUUGGAUGAGAAUAAAAGCAAGAAAGGUCUUGGUGAACUAUACGAGGAAGAGUAUGUUGAAAAGACUAAUUUGGCUACAGCCCCACCGUCAUUCACCGAUGAAGCAAAGACAGAGGCGAGCAUUCUUUUCAAGAAACUUUGCUCCAAGUUGGAUGCUCUCUCUCAUUACCACUACGCUCCAAAACCUGUUAUAGAGGAUAUGUCUAUAUCAACGAAUGUCCCUGCUCUAGCAAUGGAAGAGGUUGCUCCUGUUGCUGUCUCCGAUGCGGCAAUGCUUGCUCCAGAGGAAGUCUUUGCAGGAAAAGGUGAAAUCAAAGAAGCAGCAGAACUUACACAAUCUGACAGGAAGAGGAGGAGGGCCAGCAAGAAAAGGAAAUAUAAAGCCAUGGUUGCCAAAAGAGACGCAAAGAAAUCAGGAAAUACUACAGCUCCAAAUGCCAAUGAAGGCCAAUGAAGAUUCAUAUUAUUAUUCAACAAUUCUUGAAAGUCUUUUCCAUCAAUGCCUCAAGAUCCCAAGAACAGAAAAAUUACAGAAAAUGGAAUUCGCUAACUUAAUUUUGAUGAGCCGAAAACCGAAUAGCUCGAGGACAGUCUUGGAUGUUGAAUUUCCACAUUUUUUCACUUGUGGCAUCCAAGAAAAGUACGAAAAUGGUAUCGUUAUGAUAUUUUUUUUGCAGCCAUUUCCAUCAUAAGAGUUACCAAGGACGAAUUAGAAGCUAAGAUGUAAAAAAAUCCAAAUUUUGUGCUUUUGCUUCCCCUUCCUUUUAUUGCAUUUUUUUCCAUUAAAAAAAUGUACUUACAUACAGUUAAGAUCAAUUAAAGCGAGCAUGGAUUUAUUUACCAAUUUACGUUGAAAUUCAUGGAUGUAUUCAGUCACAAUAAUUCUACUAAGUCAGACCAUCUAGAACUGUAUUUUUUUUUA